AGGGUUAUGUUGGUCUUUAUUUUCUUACAAAGUCAUCAAAGCGUGGUUUUCUUCUCCUGUAGGGCUCUAGUACCGGCUCGAUUUCGACGGAAGAAACUACUCACGAAAAUCCUCGAAGCAAGUGCUGCAUACUUGUAGAGAAUAAGAAAUGUAAAUGUUGGAAUUCAAUACAAUUUAUUUAUUGAGCUUACACACAGGCACACCGAACUAACGUCCAUUAUGAGAAUUGUUAUUGUAAUUAUUCGAUGGUGGACCCGGUUUGGGCUUGCGUUCGUCGGAGAUUUAUUCACCGUCGACGGCCUCUCGGCGGAGUGGCGGGACCACCAGGUCAAGGAUGAAGAAGAUUUAUCGAAGCUCAUCAACCCGGUCCCGGUCCCGAAAGAACAACAUGAAGCCGUUGGGGGUCUGUUGGAAGAUCAGGAACCGGGCGGCGAGAUACGUACUCUUUCUUGUUUUUCUUUUUGUCGUGUAAGUAUUUCUGUUCAGCAAGACGGCCCCGCUGGCCAGCACGAUAUAUGAUAAAUGAAACAGAAAGAACAGAAACAAAAUUGAAAUUCAAUUUCAAACAUAAACGCUAACGCACUCACAGCAGAAGUAGUGAGCUUUCCCUCAUCGUGCAGCUUGGAAGCCUCCCGCGCAUCAAAAAGCAACUUUGGAAAGUGGCCACCUGCGCCUGGAGCCGAGAUGCUUUCUGCCGCACUCCAAUUAUCGGGCAGGCCAAAUUAAUAGAGACCGCGUCGAAAUAAAUCAACUGGCAAGUAGAGCCUCGUCUUCUUUGUAUGAUCGUGAACGUCGCGAAGGCCGAACAUGCUGUGGUCACGCGAUUGCUGAAAGUGAAAACCUUACACGUUGCGAAAGUUACGCUAAAGCUAAAGGUGCGAGAACCAUGCCCCGGGAAAAUACCGACCUUCUGCGCCCAGAAAGUGAAGCCUAGUGUAGGUUUUUUUGUAUGUAGAAGUGAGGUUACGAACGUUCGGUCUAUCCUGGUGUUUUUUUGACCUGCAAUUUUCAGCAUAAAAACAUCUCACUUUUGAAAAGUGAGAUGUUUUUAUUGGCUUCGAAGCCCAGUCCGAUUGAAAAUUUCAAUCGGACUGGGCUUUGAAGCCAAACAAGCCCGAGGCUAUUCAUUCUAUUUCUUGCCGAUUGAGCAAAUAACGCAGGCGGGGAACCAGCAAAAGGAGCGCCCUUCUGGGGCGCCCAGCGCAGCGAGUUCCACCGAUUUGGGGCGCCUCAAAAGGGGCGCCAAUAAAAAGAUGCAAAGUAAGAAGGCAAAGACGUCGAAUCCGCAUGGUUCGGGCACCAUUUCUGCCCACUUUUGGAGGUCGCGAAAGCGGUUGUCCAUCUGGGCCGCUUCCAAUGGGGCGGGUAGCACAAAAGCUGCGCUUUUUUGAUUGACAAACCAAGAAAACGCAAGAGCCGCCAAAAGCCGAAAGCCGACUCCAUUGGAUACUAGGGACCCGAUUUUGGGAGCCCAUAGGGGCGGCGCUGGCCAAGGCCCCGGUAGGGCCAUAGCGUACGGGAUAGGUUUGGCUUUGUGAAGUCGAAAAGGUGUGGAGCUUUGGCCGCGAUUUUUAUAUUUUCCCCACGGCCAUGCAGAAUAACAAUGCGCGCGAGCAGGGUAUUGCGCGCAGAAAAAAACAAAUUUUGGAGCCCGGCAGCCGCAACGCGUCAAGCGCGCUGACGAAAAAGCCGCUUUGAUCUCACUACCCCCGCCGGGGCGGCUAUUAUUUAUUUUUAUUGGCUAUUGGUAUUGGAUAUAUAAUAUUUUAGCUUCUUCAAAAGCCCACGCCUCUGGCUUGCCAAAAAGCCACCGGCUUCUCUGAUCUCGAGGAGCCACGCACAGCUUGCGCGCCGCAAAUCGAUUCACCUCCGAUAGUGGCCGGCGUGCUUCACAGCACGAACAUCAAGAAAAAGACUCAUGCGUAAAAAGCUUGAUUUGAAGUUUUUGAAACAGAAGCAUAUAGUCCAGUGACAGUCAGUGUCAGAUGCGGGAUAUUGGAUUGACAUUGAUGGUGCGGCAAUAGCGGCCGUUCGCGGCACACUACUAUUCGAAAAAUGUUCGUCCCCUACUUCUCGCAACAAGAAUGAAAAACUCCAGGUCCACGGUCAUCUUCAUCUACACAUGCGCCGUGGCUUCUCGGGAGCGCGUAUGCUGAGGGGGUCUACGUUUUCGCAGAGAUGCUAGCGCCUUUCGACGCUAAUCAAGCUGAUCGUGACGCCGAGCAUGGAGCCAACAACUGCCUGCAUCACGACGGGAAAGUCUGUAAGAGCCACGCCAUAGCAAACCCGUGGCUGCAAAUUCAAUCGGCUCAAGAGUUGCCCGUCUUCCGUGUGAGUGUUCGCGCACCGCAUGUUCCUCAAGAGGACGAGGGGGAGUUGCAUUCGCGGGAGUUGCAUGCGCUGGUGCCGCAGCUUCUAGGGCCUGACGGCGAGACUACUGAGUGCGGUGUGCGGGUCGGCGUGCAUUCCUCCAACGGAGAGAGCGAGACCACAUUGGGCGGCGAGACCCGCAUGAAGCCGCCGUGUCACGAGGAAUUUCCCGGGUUGGCCUGUGAGGCAGCGUACAUGUGUCACCCAGCAGGACGACCGGAAGCCGGGCUGGGCGUCAAGCAGUAUCGUACAGAAAAGCACACCUUCUAUACCCGAAAAAGCUUCUCAGCAUGACUACCUCUUGCUCUUCAAGCCCUAGGCCGCGCCACGAACACAAAGACAAACUACAUUCUGCAUGACAGAAAGCGAAAGGUACGUCUCUUGUGCUCGGCGCAUUGCAGAGUCUUCAGUGACGCCGAUUUCGCAACGGCAGCAUAAGCUUAGUUUUGUGUCAUGCGGUGGCUGGCCGCUAAUGGAAAUGGGAACCACGGACGAGGCUCAGACACAACUGCACCUCGUCGACUUCCUUUCCUACUACAUUACCUGCGUGUGGGUUCCGAGGGAGACCCUGCCUGGUCUACGCGAACUACAUCGCGUGAGGAUUAGCCGACUCGCGAUCCCCAGAAGUGCGCAUCCUUGUCGACCACAAAAAUUAAAAUAGAAAAAUAGGAGCCGCCGCGCCAGCGUCGGCGUGGUCGCUUCAGCAGCGCAAAUUUCAUGCAAAAGAUUUAUUUAAUAUAUUUUUUUCCUUUAAAGCGGUUGGAUGAGCUUUUCUGCAGAAUAAGCAGGACCUCCACCAGGACGGGCUCGAGGAGGUGAUGAACUUUGACUGUCCGGCUAACACCAAGGGGAACUAUGUGUUUGUGCAGUUGCAGUCAGAUAUCACAGAGACAAAAAGCUAGCGCGUGUCAAUUGUAAAAUGCAAACACAAUUAUUCCCCUUCUUUUUUACCUUCCCAUUCUCGUUUUCUUUUUCAUUUUUGGCUGCGAAACGAAAACAAAACAACAGUCUUUGCUGCACUGUGCGGCUACACCAGACGCGCACCAUCAGAAGCGCGGAACCGGUGGCAGUGCUUGUGCUGCACCAUCAGAAGUGCGAAACUUGCGCGGCCGGGCGUAACUUGCGCGGCCGGGAGUAAGAGGCUCCGCCAAUCACCACUAUACUCCUGUCCUGGCCUACCAUCUUCAUCAGAAGUGCGAGCUGCGAAGGGUGGGCGCACCAUCUUCAAAGUCAAAAAGUCUCCUCGCCCCAUGAAUGAAUGAAUGAUCCGAAAUAAAAGAAUCAGGCUGGACGAGGGGGUGAGCGCUACUCGUAGAAAUCCUGCUAGUGCCGGAAAGCUGCUAGUGGAAAAGGGCCCACUAGUAGAUUUCCUACUAGUUGUGCUGGAGGUUUUAUGAUCGCCAAAACGGGCUUCCGGGUACUUCUAUUGACGCUCCCCACUAGUGGCGCCCUUCACUAGUGGAAGCACUAUCGAAAACUGGCGCAGGCAGCGCCGCGGUGGGGCCGCUUCCAGGCAGUAAAGCGCUGCCGGGACCCCGGGUGGCCCUCCGGCCUGCCGGCCAUGGUCUCCGCCCUUGGCCUUGUCUUAGGUGCCUUGCGGUUCGCGAUUGGCUGCCCCGGGCCGGAGUCGUGCUGCAUUCUGGCGCCCCUUGCCCUUCGCCCUCUGUUGCGAGGUGUUUGGCGCCAGUUUCCGCCUUUCCCUUCCGCCUGUGACUCUGCAGGCUUGCUUCUCUCGCGUGCUCGCCGCCGCGGGGCCCCUUCGGCCCCAGUGGGGUUGCGUGCUUUGGCCCCGUUUCCUUUGGGUCGCCGGGCGUUUUGGUUUGCGCCUCGCCUCCGUGCCCUGCUUCGGCGUAUUGGUUUCGUUUUCAAAGCAUUCGUCUGUUUAAAGCGAGUCUUGGCCCACUUGCUCCUCUUGUCGGCUUUCUGGCUUUUGGAGCAUAUCGCCCGCAGUGCCCCGCCUGCCUUUCCGCCGCCUUCCUGUGCUCUUUGUCUUGCCUUGCGCCAGCCCCGUUCCUGGUCUUAUUUUGGCCUUUCGUGCCCCCUUUUCGCCCUGUUUACUGUGGCCCGCCUUUGACUUGUUUCCUGUGGUUAGCCUUCCGGCCCUUCGCAAAGGUUCUGCAAACGCCUUCUGGCCGCCCUGUUUGUGGAGGCCGAGGCAGUGGCAGCGCUUUGUGCCCCCUGCCACCCUCCGCGCCUUGCGGCCUUAAUGUCUGUGCGUGCCCUUCGCUCACGAUCAGGGAGUGCGGCGUCUGUGUGUGUGUUGUCAUCGUUUUCCGCCUGUGGUGUCAGCAUAGUUUGGGCAUGACCAGUGGGGUUUGGGCCGUAGGUUUUCCCCUAGAAGUUCUUUCUCCCUCGCUCCCCCUUGCCCCCCCUCGUCGCCGGGCCGGCGGGCGCGGAGCGCGCGCCCGUUCUAGAUAAACACUAAUGUGAUGGGCAACCGGACCACAGGCACAGACCACAGAAAAACAAAAAUCUGUCAUGAGCAUAUUUAUAUGUGCUUCCUGCGGGCGCAUAGACACUUUCUACAAAUCUGAUUUACAUUUGUGUUGUCUUCGUUUCUCUUAUCAGUGCCUACGUUUAUUGGGACGGCCGGCCCUUGUUAUACGUCCAAUCUCAACAUCCAUGGGCAAAAUAAAUCGAUGAAAAUACUGAUCAGUACGAAAAGGUCGCGGCCUGCCGGACGUUCUGCCGGUAGAUGUCAUGUUGGGUGACUUACAACAUCUGUUCUGAUUCAAAAAAUGCUGAUUUUUUCUGUUUGUUUCAUCUGCAUUUGGCGCGCUUUCUCUGGCAUAUUCGAGGGGUGUGGGAUGACGGAGAUGCUGGAUGUGCCGGACCCUAAGAGUCCCGACAACAAUAUCCCAGCGAAAAAAGCUAGCCUAUUGUUUUGCAUGACGAUGCAUGACGUUGAGGAUCAUGAUGAUUCUGUUUCUAGAACUGCAUUACACAGAGUUGAAAAAGAAAACCUGCUUUGUAUAGCCUAGACACCAUUUUUCUACGGGGGAUCCGCCCCGAAGAGAUUUUGGGUUGCUAUUUGCUUAAGUUCAAGUUUUGCACUUGUGUUUUCGUUUAGGUUUACUUUUUUCAGCAAGACAAAUGACGUGCUAGUUUUUUUCUAUGGGAUGAACAAGAUGAUUCAAACACACGGUGUGCGGCGGCGUCUGGAACUUCUUCGCGUAGACGUGUUCCGGCCCGCUCCGGCCCCGGAAGCAACUUGUUCUCUCGAACUAGCGCUCUGCGUCGACGCAGAGGCGAUUCCCGUGGACGGGGUGUCCUGCAUGACUGCGAAAAAAUUCUUACCCACGCAGGGCCAAGCCGGAGACGAAAUGACCGGAGAGGUUUACGCCUGCUGGCAGAGCACUAGCGAGUGUAAUGAGUUUGCGAACGCGCACCACGAGCACAACGCUCCUAAGCCGGGGGAGGAAGCACGACGGGGUGCACCUGCUGGACACACACUGGAGAUCUCUCAUUGCGCUGUGCACAAGCAGCCGAAGUGCGCAGCAGCCACGGAGGAGGACGCACAUGAAAAGUACGCGUGUCCUUUCGAGGACGGGGAGUGCUACAUGGUCACCGGGGGCGCUCCCGGACACUCCACCAAAGACGAUCGGUUUUGUUUUAAGUCGGAGCCUCGGAUCGGCUCGGGCGACAUGGUGCGUGCCCCAUGUGAUGCCUAUUCGUCCUACUUCUAUGCACACGGUCACGGGGGGGCUGACAAGGAGCCACUGGAAUGCCGAAAGCUAGAGAGAGCUGCCACGCUGGACGACGGUGGCGCAUUCAUGGAAACUACGAAAACAGAGGGCAAUAAGAAACUCGAGCCGCUUUUGAGUCGCAGUCGCCGAGGGCAACCUCUAAUUAUGGUAUGAACAUCAACAGCAUACGUGCAUGCUUCAUGUUCUUGUCCCGGUCUAGCAGUACGUAAAUCAUGCGUUGUGAAAUGGUUUUUUUCGAAUAGUAAUUUUUCACUUUUAUAUUUAUUCCAUGUAGUAUUCAUUUUCAUUGCAGCAUCAACAUGCGAAAUAAUCGCUCACGUACGAGACCAUUUCGUUUUACUUGCGCUGAAUUUUAUGUUUAUAAUCUAGAGUGUACAGGAGCCACGGAUCCCGCGACCCCGCUUCCCAGCACCGCCAUAGGAUCUUGCAACCUUCCGCUCUUGUGCGUUCGUUUUUGUCACCUCGGCACCACACUAUAGAUGUUCAUCAGGUUAAAGUUUUUGUGACUUUUGCACUGUGUGAUGCCACACUCGUCUGAAUGAAUAAACGAAUUCUGUCAACAACGUUUUUUGUGGCGUUUUUGUCGAGGCGGAUACGAGAGAUGAUUGAAAAAUAACAAUUCUCUCAUGCGAGACAAGAGCAAUAAAAUGGCAACUCAGACGAGCAGUCUGAUGUGGAAAUCUC